AUGAAUUUCAUCAAAAAGUUUAUAGGAACCGCGUCCACCGAUGAGGUUGCCUCCAUUCCAUCCGGGAAACUUUUUCUAACACGCUCAAAACAAUCACCAAAGGGAGAAAUUGAAUGUUUAUACAAUGACGCUUAUGCAGCAAUAAAACAAACAACAACGCCAUUUUUCUACCAAUUGUGCAUCACCAAGGUGUAUCAAGAAGGAGAACGUCAAUUUGGUCAUGAUUCCAACUAUUCCGAUGACGAUUAUGACGAGGAUGAAGAUGAUGAAAUUGGUGCCAAUUCAUCCAUAGUUUCACCAAAUGCCAAGUACGAUUCUGCAUCAAAAGAUGAAUGGGUGUUUCCGAUAACUGAAGAUUUGAGAUAUUUCCGUAAAGAUCUCGCAUCUGAUGGAAGUUCGAGAGCUAUUGCUUGGAAGGACUUGAAUGGAGAUUUAGGCGACAAGUUUGAAUUUAUUGUUGGUGAUGAUGUGAGAAAUAGUGAUUUUGAGUCCUUUAUGACAACUAUUUACAAGUGUUUGUAUGAAGAGAAGUACCAUGAAAGUUCAAUAAAGAUUAAUGAUUUGAGUUUAUUGAAGGAGUUUAUUUACAAACCGGAGUUGUUGAAUUUUGAAGAUUUCGAAUAUGAAAGUGAUCAUAGCCAUGGGGAUUUCAAGGAUGCCACGAGUCCACGAAAUGAAGAGGAGCAGUCGUUGUUUGUUGAUAAUGAAGAUAUAAACAGCUCAGCUAGUGAGAAUGAGAAGCAGACAGCUCCUAAAGGUGAUGUUGUAUAUUCGACAAAAAAGUUUGCUUUACAUUUGUAUGAUUCUGCCACGGGUACAUUUGUGAUAAAGAGCAGCUCAGUUGAAUUGGAAUUGAUUGAUUUGAGUGAGUGGGAGCAUACAUUGUAUAUUAGGUCAAGUGAAGGGUUGGUUGUUAAUGCGACAGUGAGCAAGAAUAUGAAUCCAACUUUUAAUUACGAGCAUCAGUCGUUUAUCUUCAACCAUUAUACAUUUAAGGAAAAUGAGAUUGUUGCCAAUUCAUGGCUUUUGAAAUUCUUGGAGUUUAACGGUUUGGUUCAGUUUCAAAAUAAAUUUGUUGUUGCAAUGUAUGAAACGUUGAAUAAGAAGAAAUUUGGUGCGGAUAAAGGAGAAGAUGAGUAUUUUGUUGAUGCUUUUUCAAACUUGGGAUUGGAUGAUACAGCGAGUGAAGUAGAUGAUGAUGAUGAUGAUGAAAAGGAGGAGGAUGAAGAGGAGAAAGAAGAUGAGGGGCAGGACGGCUCCAACAAAUUAUCUGCACGUGAGUUUAACAAAGAAUUGCAAAAUUUUUCCAAAAAGGACAAGAAUACAUAUUUGAGUGUUGGAUACAAAGACCGUGCUUAUGUUGCUCGCGGUGACAAGAUUGGAGUGUUUAGCCAAGAUGACAAGGCUUUGAAUUUCCAAACCACCAUCAACAAUGUGACCGACUUGAAAGGUCACAACUUCAAUCCUGAAAAGAUGUUGCUUCAUCAAGAAGAUCAGUUUUUGAUAUUAUCCAAUCCUGACAUUAACGACAAGGUACUUUACAAAAUGGAUCUUAACCGAGGUAAAGUUGUUGAGGAAUGGAAAAUCUCCGAUAAUGUGCCGAUCAAGUCGUAUGCUCCUAGUUCCAAGUUUGCCCAGUUGACAAAUCAGCAAACAUUGACUGGUAUUUCUUCCAAUGGACUUUUUGAAAUUGAUCCUAGGUUGAGCGGAACCAAGUUGGUUAAUGACCAAACUUAUAAACAAUACAAAACCUCAAACAAUAAAUUCCAGGCAUUAGCUACAACUGAAAGUGGUCACAUUGCAUUAGGUUCAGGAAAAGGUGACAUUCGUUUGUUUGAUAGAUUGGGUGUCAAUGCUAAAACCGCAUUGCCCACAUUGGGAGACCCUAUUGUGGGUAUUGAUGUGUCGAAAGAUGGUAGAUGGAUAUUGGCCACUUGCAAAACGUACAUUUUGUUGAUAGACACCAUGAUCUCGUCUGGACAAAAGAAUGCUGGAAAGUCAGGAUUCACGGCGUAUUUCGAUAAAGAUAAGAAGCCAACGCCAAGACGAUUACGUUUGUUACCUGAACACGAAGCAUUUAUAAACAAUGCCAACCACAAGAAAGAGUUGCAGUUUACGCGGGCGUAUUUCAAUACGGGAUUGGACAAGAAGGAGACAGCGAUUGUAUCAUCUACUGACAAUUAUAUAAUCACAUGGUCGUUGCUGAAGGUUUUGAAGAAUGAUCCAACUCCGUACGUUGUUAAACGGUAUAAGCAAAAUGUCGUUGCUGAUAAUUUCAAAUACGGCUCGAAUAAUCAAUUGAUUACGGCGUUGCAGGAUGAUGUGUCAAUGGUGAGUCGAAGAAGUUUGGUUAAUCCAAAGGAUGUGUUUCAACAAUAA